AUGUCCAAGCCGAGCGACUACUACCUUUCUGACGAGGAGAACGCGGCCAUCUUUGAGCGGCUUAUCCGGCCGGCCGAGUUCGGCCCCCUCUUCUCCGGCAGCGAUUCGGCUGCAGCGAACGGCCCUCGCCUGGAUGCCGAAUUCUCUGCGUCAUCGCGUCCGGUCUGCAUCCUGCUUGCUGGGCAGACCGGCGCCGGCAAAUCCCACACAGCUCCGGUCUUGGCGGCUGCCUUGAGAGAAAGCCCUGCUUCCGGUCUGCCACUCUGCCACCUCGUUGCCGAUACCCACAAGCCCUACCACCCUGCGUAUGCCGGCCUUGUCGCUGCGGCUGCCACCGGCCAGGGACCACCCGGGCUCGCCUCCGCGGCCACUGGUCACGACGCCCGGCGAUGGCUGACGCGCGCCUGUGCUGUGGCUGCCGAGCGGCGCUGUGACGUGCUGGUCGAGUCGGCCAGCCGGUUCCCGCAGGACGUUGCCCAGAUGGCGCGCACGUUCCGGCGCGCCGGCUAUCGCGUGUGUCUGGUCAUGAUGGCCGUGCAUGUGGCACAGUCGCGGCUGGGCCUGCUGGCGCGGUAUCUGGAUGCAGAUCCCCAGAAAGAGCUGGAGUCGGAGCAGCAGGUCGACGGAGGGAAGCCAUCGCUCGGCCGUCGCCUGACGCCCAGAAAGAUCCACGACGAGAGCUAUGCCGGCCUCGCCCAGCUGGCUGUCUGGCUGGAUAGCGGUGAAGGUGGCAGGGACAGAGACGGUGACAGCGAAGACGACGGACCUCUGGCCGACGCCGUGAUCAUCCUGCGGCGCGGCAACAAGGUGGUGUACGCCAACUACUGGGGCGAGAACUGCGGCGAGGCGACACAGAAGCCGUCGUGGCGCAUCAGCCCUCCACACAUCGGCCAGACCCUCGCAGCAGAACGGCAGCGCUGCGACGUGCCGGCCGAGGCUGCCUUGUUUGCCUCAGACGUGGCCCGGCUGUCCGCACUGCAUCCAGGGCGAGAGGCAGAGCUUUCAUUGCUAGCCUCUGUGUAUCUUCCAGCCGAUGCCAGAAAGACAAGAGAUGAAGAUAAUAAUGAGAUGGCCGAUGUGAAUGUAGCACUCAUUGUUCGAAAAUGUCGUGAUUGGUAG